AUGUCUUCGAGAUCCGGAAAAAGUACUCCGGCAAAACUGGUCGACAGUCCCGAUGACAUUCGGCGCAGAAGGGAGCUAGCCGAACGCAAAAUGCGUGAAAGACACGACGUUAUUAAAAGAGAGCACACGGAUAAAAUUAGAAAAGACUUGGAAGAUCAUGCUCGAUUACAGAGAGAAUUAAAAGAGAAAGAAGCCAGGGAGCUCAGAAGACAACAAGAGAUUAUGCAGAAAAAUUUAGAAAGACUGAAUAGGGACGAAGAGCGAAGAAAGGAGCUUCUUGCCCGUAAUCAUGCCGCUACUUCGAGAACUGCUGUCAUCAAAAAUGUAGCUUUUGGUUCAUCAACACCUAGAGAGCUCUCUUAUCUUGAUAGGCUUCCCAAAAGUCAGAAGAAGCUUAGUCCAUCUCCUGCCAGGGAUUAUGAUAUGAAAACUCCUGUUAAAAAUCCGAGCUCUGCUAGAAGAGGUCUCAUGGUUAGCUCCAUGUAUGUUCCAUCACCCCGCAGUGUUAAACCUAGUCCUAAACCUACCACUCCUAAAAAUUCUAACUUGAUGACACAGUCUGUUUAUUCCACACGCACUACUAGUUCAGCAGGAUAUACUCGCACUGAUAGAUCAACACCUACUCCAAAAGCAAGGUUACCUCGUCCAUCACAAGUUGGUUCCACAGCUUCUGGAAAGCCUCCUCUCCCUAAUAGCUUGAAAUUUUCAAAGCGUGUACUGGACACAAAUACGAAGAGUGAAAGUGUAAACAGUAAAUCUCCUAUCAGACAGACACCACCAUCUUCAAAGUUGAACGAGGAGACUCCUAAUGGAAAAAUUCGCAAGUCCCGUGAGGAAAAGAAGGAGAAUGUUGAACCAGCUCCGAUUGAGAGCACCCCGACUGGAGAACAACCUGUUGAACGUAUCACAGAGGAAUUGAAAUCUGAGAAAAUCUUUGAAAAUGAUGAUAUGUCUCAAUGUCCAGAGUCAACUGAGGUGGAACCUGUUAUCCAGACAGACGAAGAAACUAAACCUAUUGUUGAAAUUGUGGACGAAUCUGUUAUCCCAGACACUGCCCAAGAACAUGUUGAUAAUACCGUAACGGAGCAGAUAGAAGAAGUUACUCAUAUUGAGGAGAAUCUUAAUGCUACAUCUCUCGAACAAGAGAUUGCAAAUUUGAGUAUUGUCGAGAAAAUCGAAGAUCCUCCCGCUGAUAGCUUAGAAACUGAGCUCGCUAACAUUGUUUUCACCCAAGCUAUUGAAGAAGCUGCUCCUGAGGAAGUUGGCCUGAUUGUCAAAGAUGAGGAUAAGAAUGUAGAAAUCGGUACUAUCGAGGAAACUGUAAAAGACGCCUCACCUGAGCCCUUAGUAGAAGCCGAUUUAUUCGAACAGUCGCUAGUUUUCCCUAUUGUGCAAGGGGAAGCUCCUGUUCCAUCUCUUGCCCAAGAACUAGGGGAAAAUUUAUUUAAUCCUUUGCAAAACGAGUUGGAUGACAUAAAACCAAUUGGAAACUUUGCUGAACUUCCAGUCUCUGAAAAUACAACUAAUGUCGCAUUCAACCUUAAUGAUACUGAAUAUGAAGCUAUGGAUACAGCUCCAGCUGAGCCGAUCUGCUCUAACCUAUCAUCCAAUGAAAUAGACAACGUAGGUAAUUCUUCCACUGAAGAAAUUAAACCUAGUGUUAUGGAUGAGAAUAACAAAGAUUUAACAACAAACCUCCUCGAUCUCGAGGAAGUUUCUAAAUCUCCCGCAGAACAGACUGUUUUGUCUGUUGUUAACCAAGCUUUCGAUAUCGUUCAGCAUACUAACCCAACUGACUUCAUCCCCAUUAAUGAGCAUCCUACCGCAAUCGUCAACGAAAAUGAUACUAAACUAUCUAAUUCUGAAAACGAUAACGAUUCUUCUGACCUAAUGGACAUUAGUGUGAAUGAGUCAUCACUGGAGAAACCUGAAAUCUUACCUGAAGCUGACCAAGUCAAAAUUUCAUCAUUACCUCCCUCUCCCCCUAUACAACAAAAAUCGAGAGAGAAUGAUGACAGCAAUGCCGAAGAGCCAAAAAAGGAAAGUUUCUACAAGGCUCGUAUAGCGGAAAUACUUUCCAAAACGAGAGAGCAGGGACCAUCCCCAACUGAAAAGAAUCCUGUUGUUGAAACUGCGGUGGCACCCCCUGCAACAACAGUCAAAUUUUCACCCAGCACUGCCGCCAUUUUACAAAAAUUGAGGGAAUCUGGGCGAUCUUCUGAUAAUGUCAGUAAUUUAUUAACCAAGACUGGAUCUGAACCCACAUUGGAAGAUAAUCCAGAGGACCCUCGGCAUGAACAAGAUUUGUUAAACUAA